CGCUGCGGCUCAGACAAUGAAAACAAGGGAUCAUCUCUGAGGCUGCAGCCCGGACACGGAGCCUCUCUCUCGGACUGACUGAGGACUCAGGCCCGCGGAGCUGGAGCCAGACAUGUCGCUGCCAGGAUGACGGACACCCGCACCUCGCGUCUGCUCCUGUUCGUGUGGAUGUGCGCGCUCUGGGACGCGCUCGCCGCCAAAUCUCUCCCAGAUCCGGGAGGCUUCGAGGUGCAAAUAAAAGUCCAGGUGUUCGACAGCAGUGACUUGUCGCCGCUGGCGGACGCUCAGGUGCACGUCCACGGGAAUCAGACGAUCUUGGCGUCAAGCAGAGCCGGCAGCGAUGGCGUCCUGAGGGUCAGCUUCCUGUACCGCGCUGGAACAUGGGUCAUCAUCACAGCCUCCAAACAAGACUACGUCACCAACUCCGUGCCCUGGCACUCCAGCCGCAUCCCCUUGUACGCGUCAGUCAGCCUGUACCUCCUCGUCCAGAGACCGGGGACUCUCAUUCUGUACGAUGACGUCCUGCAGGUUCUGUCUGGGUCACCAG